AUGCUCGUGGUUGUCGUCGUGGGAACGGUGGUGGUGAUGGUGGUGGUGGUGGUGGUGGUGGUGGUAGGCACUGUCGUCGUCGAUGCGACGCCGUUUGGCCUCUCUACCGUCGCCAGCCAUGAUGAUGAUGAUGCGCCCCCAGGGAAGUGGAAGAGUCUUGGCUACUCACAUGCUAUGCUAUGCGACGCUGUGCCUAUUGAAGGAAUCCGUAGCCUGCAGAAGAACCACCAACAUGACCCAAACCUUCCUGACGAUGAGAUGGAAGCUCUGCAAGAGGCGGCCAAAACCAACAGUCUCGAAAAAGUGGUCGUGGUGGAGACAACCUUCACAGAAGACUCGCCGUAUGAUUCCGUUCGAGCAGCAGUGAGGAAUACCGAUGGCGAGGAGGUUGCAAACACCUUACGAGCCUGGGUUCUGGGGUUCCUCUUCGUCACAGUUGCAGCGGCGGUGAAUAUGUUUUUGAGCAUGCGGUCUCCUGCAAUCACAAUUCCUACCGUGGUCAUUAUGCUUCUGGUGUACCCCGUGGGCUGCUUGUGGGCCAGAGUGAUGCCUGCAAAGACAUUCCACACUUUGGGACUCACGUGGACGUUGAAUCCAGGACCGUUUACAAUCAAAGAGCACGCUGUUGUCACCCUGAUGGCCAAUGUAACAUAUGGCUAUGCAUACAGUACCGACGCCUUGCUCGCAUUGGACGCCAAGCCCCUAUACAAUCUGAGCAUGGGCUGGGGAUUCCAGCUGCUCUUCACGCUCUCGUCGCAGGUCAUCGGAAUUGCCAUUUCCGGCCUAUUCAGACGUUUUCUGGUGUGGCCAGCCGCACUGAUCUGGCCAGCCAAUUUCAGCCAAACCACGCUUCUCUACGCCCUGCACGACAAAAGCUCCAUGGAUCCUGCACAGACCAAUGGCUGGCGAAUCUCUGGCUAUCGAUACUUUGCAUAUGUGGCACUGGCCUCCUUUGUCUGGUAUUGGUUUCCGGGUGUAAUCUGGCAAGGCCUGUCAGUCUUCUCCUUCGUGACGUGGAUUCGACCGAAUAAUGCCACUCUCAAUCAGCUCUUUGGCGGCUUCACGGGUCUCUCCUUGAUACCGCUCACCUUGGACUGGACCUACGUGACGGGCUAUCUCGGCGACCCUCUUCUGUCUCCGACCUUCUCGCAUCUCAACACUCUCGUGGGACUCAUCAUCUUCGUCAUCGUCGCGACCAUCGGUAUCAGCUUUAGUGGCGCUUUGUACACCGAUUACCUUCCCAUCAACACAUCUUCCACAUUCGAUAAUACACAAAGUGCCUACAACGUCACCAAGGUCAUGGGGGCGGGCUUCACAUUCGACGAAGCAAAGUACAAAAGCUACUCUCCACUCUUCCUCGCGCCCACCUUCAUCCUCAAUUAUGGACUGUCGUUUGCAGCUCUCAUGGCAAGCAUCAUCCACACCGCUCUAUUCCACGGCAAAGAGAUCUGGUAUCGACUCCGCGCAGCGCGAAAUCAAGAGCCUGACGUCCACAUGCGACUCAUGGCCAAGUACCGCGAAGCCCCAGACUGGUGGUAUCUGGUCCUCUUCGUCGUGUCCGUCGGUAUGGGACUCGGCACCGUUCUCGGCUAUCCCUCUCAACUCCCCUGGUGGACAUACUUCGUCUCUCUCCUCCUCGCCCUCGUCUUCGUCAUACCCUGCUGUAUGAUUAUGGGCAUCACCAACAUUCUCCUCUCGCUCAACGUCAUCUCGCCCUUUUUAGGAGGUUUCAUGAUCCCGGGAAAACCCAUCGGCGUCAUGAUUUUCAAAGUCUACUCCACCAUUGUGCUCGGUCAAGCACAAACAUAUACUUCUGAUUUGAAGUUUGCGCAUUACAUGAAAAUUCCCCCCCGAACGACCUUCACAUGCCAAGUGCUCGCCACCAUCUGGGCCGCCAUUGUCCAAAUCUCCACCAUGAACUGGACCCUCUCCAGCAUCCCCGAAGUCUGCACCGCCACCCAAAAAGACCACUUCACCUGUCCCAACGGCCGAACUUUUUUCUCCUCCAGUAUCGUCUGGGGCCUGAUCGGACCCAGCAGAAUGUUUGGCAAAAACAGCAUCUAUCACGCCUUUAAUUAUUUCUGGCUAUUAGGCGCUCUCUUACCGGUGGCGUUUUAUAUACUGCUCCGCAGCGUUCCGCGGAAACAUCACAGAGGGUUGAGGUGGUUACAUGCACCGGUGAUGUUGGGGGCGAUGGCGUGGUUACCUCCUGCGACGCCGUUGUCGUUUAGUAGUUGGGCCAUCGUGGGGCUCAUCUUCAACCAUGUCAUCAAGAGCAGGUUCGGAGGGUGGUGGUCACAUUAUAACUAUCUCACCGCCGCGGCGCUCGACUGUGGGUUGUUGAUUUCGACCGUAGUAAUCUUCUUGGUGAUUACCUUGCCCAAUGCAAAGGUACCGCAGUGGUGGGGAAAUGUCCAAGUGUUCGAGACGAUGGAUUCAAUGGGGACGGCGGUGAGGAAGACUGUGGGAGAUGGAGAGACUUUUGGACCGGCGGCGUGGUGA